AUGACAUCUUCAAACCGCUUGGCGGUAGUUGUGGUGGUGCUAGAGUGCUGCCUUAUGCUCUGCGUACAGAUUGCUUCAGCGAAUCCGUUCGAUAAAUACUACUUCUCUAGCGUUCCAGAAUACUACGCUGGGUAUGACAGUCAAUGUGGUUACGAACCAAAGUGCUACGGUGACCAAAGUUGCCCAAACGUGGCACUGUUCAGUGAGUACGAAAAGGAAGCGUUCAUCAAAGCAGUCGCCGAGCUGUUGAGCAAUGACGAGCGGGCACAAAACGGUAACUAUCGCAUUGGAGAAAGCGAAUUCGACUUUGAGCUUUUCCAAACGAAGGCCAUCAAAUCGGGCGAGGAUCUCGAUGUGCGCCGCACGCUGACGACGGAUAAGUUUUUGAAGACGCUGGCAAAAAAGUUGAGCAAGUGUGAGCUGAGAAACCUGUUGGACGGGAAGUGUUGCGCGAACAGGACGCUUUCGUGCUGCAAUGGCCAUGAACAGAUUUCAUGUGAUCCGUACCAUCCCUAUCGAAGCUACGACGGAAGCUGUAAUAACUUGGAGCAUCCGAGCUGGGGAAAGCGUGGAAGUGCACUGAAACAUCCGUUCGCUCCGUGCUACAGUGACGUGGUAUCGAAGCCGGCUCGCAGUAAGUCGGGUGCUCCGUUACCGCAGAAUCGAAAGCUAAUGGUUGAGCUGGCCGAUUUUCUGAAUAACAGGAAUUCUAAGAGAUCCUCUUCCCUGAGCAUGUUUAUGGUGUUUUUCAUGGAAACGAUCUCUUCGGAUAUGAUUGGAAGGGCUAACAAACGGGCACACUGUCCGACCCAAGGUUUCCGCGGCUGCCGAGCGGACGGGCAGGAUCGUAGCGCUUUCGUGUCGACGCUAUCGAAUCCUCUCCGCGUAUCACCUAACGAUCCGUACUACGGGCCUCUCGGAGUGCGCUGUCUUAACUUUAGCCCGCAGGAGAAAGCAAACGAUCGGUGCGAGCUGAAGCAUGUGGCCGAGCGCAAUAUGGAAAGCAGCUAUCUCGACCUGUCGAGCAUGUACGGCGAGGUACCGCACUAUGAUGCGAGUGGGAAGCUCCCCCUGUUCCAAUGUGGCGCUACGGGACCGGUCGAACAGUUACACCCGAUUGCGGUACAGUUUAAGGCAAUCAUCGGUCUGUUCGGUCAGCUGCAUAACUAUUGUGUGGAUCGGGUUAGCUCCUGUUCCCAGUCGAAGGGUUCGGUUGAGGAACGGUGCCGUGCACUUACGAUCGGCGUAUAUCAGAAGUUGAUCUACGAGCAGCUGCUACCGCUGCUGUUUGGUGAAGAGUUGUACAAUCUGGCUGGCUUUGAUUGCGAGUACAACCCGUAUGAGGAGAGUGCCAUCUCGCAGGUGUACAAGAACGGGCCGGGACGGUUCCCGCACGUGUGGAUUACGGAGACGGUAGCGUACAAGUACCAGGGUAGGACUCAAUGGCGCCCUCUCAAUGAGUACUUCCACGAUCAUGAGUUAUUCGAAUGUACUGCAACGCUGGAGGGAGUACUCGAGACGCCGAUCGAAACGAAUCGAUUGGUUGAUGAGAUUAUGCACAAGUUCUACACUACUAAUGGCGAACGAGGUAGCUGUCUGCCAUGCAUUGAUCUGGCGAGGAAUCGUGACUCUGGGCUAUGUCCAUUGGUAACUUACAAACAUUUCAUUGAACAGAUUGCCGGCGAAGAGAGCAAGUGUUAUAGCACGUUCGAUGAUCUGAAAGAUAUGUUCAGCCCUGAUUUGGUGAAUUUCUUUGCCCAUCACUAUGAGCAUCCAGGUGAUAUCGAUGUGCUGUUUUCGGGCUUAGAUCAGCGCGCCUACCCUGGGGCCCACAUGCCGAAGCUCGUCUCGCAAUCAACCUGUUUGGAGUUCAAGCGUCUGAAGUGCACGGAUCGGUUCUUCUACAAGUGGAAUCCGAAUCUUGGCGAAGGGGCUAUGCAUCUGAUCGAGAUUCUAGACUUUACUGCACUGCUUGCACUGUUCACUGAGGCGGUUGAAGUUCCAUUGGAACCCUUCAUGGUGGACGGGCCGAAGGUUGCUGCUUCGGAUGUGAGACAGUAUCUGGAGAGUGUGAAUUAUUUGUUCUGUGAAGUAUAA